CUUCUCCUUGCAAUCCCAAGUUGAAGGGUAUGAGUUAGGGUUUCCAUUUCCUACUCUUGCUCUUCUACGUUUCUGUAUCUACAUAUACUUACACUGAUAGAUAUAUAUAUAAUUAGUAAGAUUUGAUAGUUUGACCGAUUAGAAAGACGGAAAUGGCAGCCUCUACUGCUCAAAUUCAUGCUCUGGGUGCCACCGCUCACUUUGCUACCUCAAAUGUAACUAGUAGAAAUCCGAGCAAAACAGUAUUCUUGGGAAGAAGGCUGAAUAAUACGGUAUCAUUUGGACUCAAAAUGAAGAAUAGGGUCGGAAGCAGUUUCCGUCGAAACCCUGGUGUGGGUCCGUUCCGUGUUGUUGCGGAAAAAGUUGUGGGAAUUGACCUUGGAACUACGAAUUCUGCAGUUGGGGCAAUGGAGGGAGGGAAGCCGACCAUUGUGACUAAUGCUGAGGGGCAGAGGACCACGCCUUCUGUAGUUGCUUAUAGUAAGAGUGGCGAUAGGCUGGUAGGGCAAAUUGCAAAGAGACAGGCUGUGGUGAACCCCGAGAACACCUUCUUCUCUGUCAAGAGGUUUAUCGGUAGGAAAAUGUCGGAGGUGGAUGAGGAGUCCAAGCAGGUUUCAUACACCGUGGUCAGGGAUCAGAAUGGGAACGUUAAGCUUGAGUGCCCUGCCAUUGGAAAACAAUUUGCUGCUGAGGAAAUAUCGGCUCAGGUUUUAAGAAAACUCGUGGAUGAUGCAUCAAAAUUCUUGAACGACAAGGUUACUAAAGCUGUUGUAACCGUUCCUGCUUACUUUAAUGAUUCCCAGAGGACUGCAACCAAGGAUGCUGGCCGUAUUGCUGGUUUGGAAGUUCUGCGGAUUAUAAAUGAACCCACUGCUGCGUCGUUGGCUUAUGGUUUCGAAAGAAAAAGCAAUGAGACCAUUCUGGUUUUUGACCUCGGAGGUGGAACAUUUGAUGUGUCAGUUCUUGAGGUUGGUGAUGGUGUGUUCGAGGUGCUGUCAACUUCUGGAGAUACACAUCUUGGUGGUGAUGACUUCGAUAAGAGAAUUGUUGAUUGGCUUGCUACAAAUUUCAAGAAAGAUGAAGGAAUUGAUCUUUUGAAGGACAAACAAGCUCUUCAGCGUCUGACUGAGACAGCAGAGAAAGCUAAAAUGGAACUAUCAUCUUUAACGCAGACUAAUAUUAGCUUGCCUUUCAUUACUGCCACAGCAGAUGGCCCCAAACAUAUCGAAACCACUCUUACACGGGCUAAAUUUGAGGAAUUAUGCUCUGAUUUGCUUGACAGGUAUUGGGAGUUGAAAGCAGCUUUUAAGACAAAUCAUCGGACAAGGGACCCGAAGGAGACGUCAUUGAUGCAGAUUUCACAGACAGCAAGUGAGUUGGAGCUCUAUUUUAACCUUCAAGUCAAUGGAAACAAGAAAGAGAGAAGAUAUAAAGCAUGA